CGGCGGCCGGGGCGGCCCAGGGGCUGCCGCGGGGACUCGGGGCGCCGCCGAGCGGCCAGGCGCUGGGGCGGGCCGAGCACACCGCGGGGCCCGGACACGGCGGGUUCGAGGCCGGGCCCCCGCGCGGGGAGCCGCGGGGUGGAGACUUUACCGCGCGGCGCGGAGCAGGCGGGAGCCGGUGGGGGCCUCGGGAGCCCCAGGGCGGCCGGGCCCGGAUCCCGGGGGAGCCUCGGGAGCCCGGGCCGGAGCCUCGGCGUUUGCAUCCCCGCCGGGGCCCGGGCUGCAGGAGCACAGAGCAGCCGGGCCUCGCGGAGCUCAGAGCGCGCCUGACCCGGGGCGCACCGUGGGACCCGGGCGCGGGGCUGGCGGAGAGCUGCCCGGCGGGGCUAGCAGCCGCGGAGUGGCCUACAGGGGCCCUCUCCCGGAGGGGCCGGGCCGGGGCGGGGAGAUGAACGGCUUCAGCACAGAGGAGGACAGCCGCGAAGGGCCCCCCGCCGCCCCCGCCGCCGCCCCGGGCUACGGCCAGAGCUGCUGCCUCAUCGCGGACGGCGAGCGCUGCGUCCGGCCCGCGGGCAACGCCUCCUUCAGCAAGAGGGUGCAGAAAAGCAUCUCGCAGAAGAAACUCAAGCUGGACAUAGACAAGAGCGUAAGGCACCUGUAUAUCUGCGACUUCCACAAAAAUUUCAUCCAGAGCGUCCGAAAUAAAAGGAAGAGGAAGACAAGUGAUGAUGGCGGAGAUUCCCCUGAGCAUGAUGCCGACAUUCCUGAGGUUGAUUUGUUCCAGCUGCAGGUGAACACUCUCCGACGCUACAAACGGCACUACAAGCUGCAGACCAGACCAGGCUUCAACAAGGCCCAGCUAGCAGAGACGGUGAGCCGACACUUCAGGAACAUACCAGUGAAUGAGAAAGAGACGCUUGCCUAUUUCAUCUACAUGGUGAAGAGUAACAGGAGCAGACUGGACCAGAAAUCAGAGGGCAGCAAGCAGCUUGAGUGAGGUGCAGCCACCCGGGUGAGGUGGGGGCCUUGAUGAGAGGACAGCUGUGUACUGCUUGGUGACAGGCGGCCUCUGCAACAUCUCAGCCAAUAAGGACUGUUCAUAUCUACUGUAAAUAAAGUUUGAAUGAUGGAUACUGUAAAUGUCUGUCAGGAGGAUUAUAUUCUCACAGGUCAGCAUGUGUGUAGAAAGACAUUAAGAUAUCUGCUCACACUGAAAAAAAAAAAAAGUAUUGUAAAAGGAGUUUUAAAACCGUGUCUAGAGUGCUCAGCAAAGCUUUAAGUCAGUUCUAAAAAUGCUGGGUGAUGGGCAUCCUGGCCGUCACCAUGCAGUCCCAGGCUGCCAAGAGCAAGGCCCAGCCCCGGCAGUGCGGCUCAGUGACAGUGGAAUUACAGAGUAGGCCCAUGUUUGCACUGACCCUUGCCCACUGGGGACAGAGGCACGCCACAUUUUGCCAUUUAGUAGCAAAUCAGUUUGACACUAGUCCCCAAUGUGCCCUGUGACCUGUACACAGUGGAUGCUCAGUGUGUGUUGGCCAAGAGCUGUCACAGCUACGCAGCUUCUGCUUCACUCCUCCUGCCACUGAGACUUGUGCUUUGUGUUUUCUCUGCUUAACCACUAGAGGUGGAGGACACCCUGCCCGCCCCCUCCACAAGGAGUCCAGGCAAGCAAGGCCCUCUGGACAGUUGAACAUGCAAAACUGUCUGUUGAGAUUCCAGAAUUGACAAAAGACAUAGGCUGGCCAUGAUAGUGCAUGCUUUAGUCCUACCAUUCAGAAGAACAAGACAGGAUAGUGAGCUCAAGGGUAACUGGGCUAAAGACCCUAUCUCAGAAACAAAACAGUGAACCUGGGCAUGGUUCAUCAGGCAAAGGCACGUGCUGCCAAGCCUGAUGACCUGAGUUCAGUUCCUAGCCAUGUAGCAGACUGUCCCUGACACACACACACACACACACACACACACACACACACACACACUAAGUGAUUCUUUUUUUAAAAAAUAUAAACAAAACUAUUUCCUUCCAUAAGGGUCUUUUGCAUUUUAUCCAGAAUGAGGUGUAUACCGUGACCUGUAUGCUUCUGACAAGAACCACUCUGACGGGCAGAGAUGGGGUGGCUGGGCUUGUGUUUCCAGUCUUCAGUGCACAGCCUGCAGGAAAGCUGCCAAAGCCCAGCUCUGGAAAGACAGUAUGGCUGCACUUGGCUCCUUGGCCCUUGGAGGCAGGAGAUCAUGAGCCUGGGUGAGAAAAGUCCCUGCCCCCUGAGGUUGGGGUGAAAAACUCAGAAUCUGCCUCCUUUUGGGGAGAAUGCUUGCUAAGGUAAUAUUUUAAGUAUUAAAUGUUGUCAUUGUUCAAAUCAGACCCUUCUAUCUAGUUCUGCCAGAACCAGAAGCAAAGCAAAGUUAUCAUGUACAAAGACUUGUAUAGAAUUCCCGAUUGCUUUGUGGGGCAAAGGGUGUAGGAGGAUAGGAAAGAUUCCUUAUUUCCAACCAUACUGUAUGUAUUGGGCCAAAUGUCUCAUCCCUCUAUUCCACUUCAAUUCUGAGUUUUUCUUAAGCCCUAACAGGAGAACAGAGGCUUGGCCCGACAGUUUUAACAUCUCCUGGAUGGCUGACCUGAGUGCCAUCUCAGAGAUCAGAACUAACCCCGCACUGAGUGAGUGAGGAACGUGCGAUGGUUUCCCUCUAUGGAGCAGAGCGCCAUGCUUUUGUGGAGUGGGAACAGGGCCCCUCGUGUUACUAACAUGCCAUGUGUUCCAUUGUGGCCGAGCUCCCAGGAACACUCAAAAUGCAGUCCUCUGGUUCAGCUGAUGUGUGAGGGCAAAUGGAAUCUUUAACUUAACGGGCCCUGUGGAAAUGUCAGUGUCUUAUGAAGAAGAAAAUGUAGCUUUCUAAUACUUAAACCAAAACUGUGGGCAUGUAAGCCGUGUGACUGUUUCCUUAAAGUCUAGCUUCCUGUGGAGAGGCUCACUUCUGGGCAAGAUGUGGCAUUAGGCUCCCUUUAUUACCAUGUUCUAUGUCCAGAUCCAAGCUGGGGAGUGAGUGUUUGCCCUCCAGCCAGAUGCCACCUCAGAAUCCUCGUCCUCUGAUGCAGGCAGCCUUGGAGAAACACCGACCAGGGAUAUCUUUUUCAACCUUUCAAAACAGAUUGCCCGAGAGAAAAGGCAAAGCUAUUUGAACUUACAUUUUUCUCAUGUUUAGACAUAUGAUGUAUCGUCAGAACAACAGCCCCUGGCCCCUCAUCUGCUGGCCUAGUAGUGGGCAAGAGCCUGCUGCCUUCAAGAAGGGCCCAGGCCUGGCUUAGGGAGCAGCGGGGACUAGAGAGAGCAGUGCUUAUCUUGGCUUCCUGUAUUUUCAUAUCACCUGUCCAUGACCCCCCCACACACACACACACACCUGUGAUGGCUCAGCAUGAUCUCUCUACUUGGUGCUCCUGGGCAGAACUGAAAUUUCAAGCCCAGAAGUAGUAUGGCUUCCUGUCUCUGAUCCAGCCUGGUGUAGUUCUUCAGGAUGCCCUGAAGGGAUCACCUGGAGACAUCCAUAGCCUGCCAUUCAUUUGGGGCUUGAAAUUUUUUACAACACAAGUGGACAGAACUCUCAUUUCAUGGAACAAACUGUGAAAAAAGAGGCGGCAAACCAAAAUUCCAAGUGGGAGGUGUGACUCGAGGAACAUGGCCUCUGUGUGCUGCAUGUUUCUGCCAUGGGUAGCUGUACUCAGAAUAGCCUCUCAGAGAACAAACCUUAAUGUUGCAGCUGGAGGUUGUGUGUGUGUGUGUGUGUGUGUGUGUGUGUACACUUCCUGUUAAUAUUUUACCGAGUGACUGCCUGGUGUGUGGCGGCAGGAUAGCUUGUCCACUGCAGCAGGUGGUCCCUGGCAUAGUCCCAAAGAAGUUACCUCAUCAAUACCAUCUGAAGGCUCUCUGUGGUACGACAGAAUCCAAAGGGUUGGAAAGACUCUUGAGUCCUCCCGCCUAGCUUCUCCACUGGUGCUGACAUUCUGCCUAUACCCAUCCCAGCCUAGAAGCAGUCUGCACUUGGUUACCUCCAAGGACAGAGAGCUCACUACCUCCUAGGGAAGACUGUUCUCUUGUUAGCUUCUGCCUUUUUUCCAUGCUCUCUAAUUUGGGGGGCCACGUAGGCAGAGUCUUUCAUGGACAGAGGAACCCACCCGUCUUAGCAUUGUCCCACACAUUGUAUCUUUUUUGCAGAAAGGAACAGCUGGAUACAAUGUGUUUUCACGCCCCCCCCCCUUACUGCUCAGUAUUUGUCUAUUGGUCUUGGUCGGUGUUGGAGAUGUUAGACAAACCCCUCAGCCCUCACUCAUGCCAAAGUUGCCAGCAGGGCCCCAGCCUGCUAACAAGAGUCCGCCUCCAUGGAGAUUUUAGUCCCAUGCUGGCCACACAAAACCUUUGGCAUCUCUGAGGGGAAACUUUAGCUGGAGGGUUCUAAACAGCACACGGCUUUGCCAGGAGUUUAAGGUCCCAAGGUUGCUGAGGGCUCAUCCCUUCUGGUUCCCAUGUGGAUGUCACCCUGUCACCGCAAAAGCUGAAGGUACUCCGGGUCUCAUUUUCAGGGGCACAGCAGUUUUUCAAAGUCACUCAAGGUUGCUAUCCCAUUGUCUUUCUAAGUGAAUAGGAGAAAUAAAGUCCUAAGAGAUUUGCCAAGGUCACGUGUUAGGGAGGGGCCUUUGUGGCCUUCAUUUGCUUGUGACAGGUGAUUUAAGGUAAGCUGCUCUAGAAUGCCCCAGAGCUUAUCCCUGGGAGCCCCUCAAAGGCAGUUGGGCUCUUGAGAACUGCAGGAGAAUCAAGGUGAGGAUAGGAACUGCUAAGCUUAGCAAGAUGACUGGCCAAUGACAUGCCCACCACAGCUCCCAGCCAUCCAGGAUAGCCAUGAAUGUGACCCAACAUAGAAUCAUAAUUAUUUAGAGCAUUAUGAGGCUUACCUUUCAAUUUGUAAAACUCAAUUCUGUCAUUCUUGAACACAAAUUUUGUUGGUAACAAUUAGGCCCAGAGAAGUCAAAGGCUGGGCCACAGCAGUGGGGUGAAGUGUUAGCUUGCCUCUCUGCCCUUAGAAAGUGGGCUCUGUCUCUGCCCAACUCCUGUCUCUCACCCUCUCUCUGAAACUGGGUGAUGGCCCUGGCUCUGGGUCCCUACUGAACCAAGCAGGGCAGUCAAACUGGAGGUGGGAGGAGCGCAGGCUCAUGCCUUAGGGAGCACGGUGCCUUUAGGGUGCCUUUCCACUGUUUUAUUGGAUUACAGACGGCUUCUAGUUUAUGGUAGGUAAAAGAAGAGUCACUGUGAUGUUUAAGGUGGGCAAAGUGGGCCUGGGGCUUAAAGUGGAGCAUCUCUAGUGGGUUGUUUCCCUCCACUGGCAUCUCUGAACACAAAGCUUGCCUCUGCUUACUGUCGCGCCCUCCUUGCCUGCUUCUAUUGCCUGUAAUGCCCAUUGGAGUAUAUUUGGGGAAUGGGGUUUAUCCGCUUUGUAACUGCCUUAUUGAAAAGUAAGUGCCCUUCCAUCCCAGGCCUCCGACUGUAUUUGUUUUCCUGCCAAACUUGGGGGGAUGGGUCAUUUGUAUUUUGAUUUUGUGCCUGUGGCUCUGUACUGUUGAAGGUCUCAGUUCUCUGAACUCUCCUUAGCAUGUAUGUGACUCUUGUUGCAGUGUCACCCAGGUGAGAUGGCCUGACUCUUAUUCUCAAUAAACAAUCUAAAUGAGCAA